AUGCCAGCAGCCACAGCCUCCGGGGCAGAUACGGGGGGCUCCGCACGCUCGCGCGACCACAACCAAGGGAACCAGGACCGCAAGUAUACCCCAGAGCAGAAGGCGGCUGUGCUCCGGAUACGAAAAUGCUUGACAACGGCGUACUACGAGAUCCUGUGCUUGGAGAAGAGCGCGUCGGACGGCGAGAUCAAAAAGGCGUACCGGAAAUUGAGUUUAUUGACACAUCCUGAUAAGAACGGCUAUGAGGGUGCGGAUGAGGCGUUCAAGUUGGUCUCUCGUGCUUUCCAGGUGCUCUCGGAUCCGGAUAAGAAGUCCAAGUAUGAUAAGUUUGGAGGAGAUCCCGAUAGCAGAUUCCCACCCAGUGCUGGGCCUUCGGGGGCGGGAGGUUCGCCCUUUGGUGGCUUUGGUGGUGGUGGUGGUGGAUUUCCGCGGGGAGGUGGUGGUGGUUCUAUGUUCGAGGAGGAGAUUUCGCCCGAGGAGUUGUUCAAUCGGUUUUUCAGCGGCGGGUUUGGAGGCGGUGGUUUUGGUCAGUUUGGUGGCCCUCAGUUCGUCUUCAACAUGGGAGGAGGUCCUGGCUUCCGCGUACACCAAUUUGGAGGCCAACGACCCCGACGAAGACCUCGCGAAACCAGCGCCCAGGCCGAGGCCGCACCAUCAGCAUGGGCAACCUUUCAAUCUCUCCUCCCCCUCAUCCUUCUCUUCGUGCUCCCACUGCUUUCAUCCCUUUUCACUGGCUCGUCAUCUCCUGCUGGUCCCUCUUAUCGAUUCGACGCGGCCGUGCCUCCUCACACAGUGCAGCGCACAACGCCCAAAUACAACAUCAACUAUUUUAUCAAUCCCAGCGAUGUAGAAGACUACAGCCCAAAGAAACUCCGUCAGAUGGACACGAAAGUGGAAGUGGACUACGUCACGAAAUUACGGUACGAAUGUGAGAGUGAAGUCCAUGCUAGAGAACGCAUGAUACAAGAGGCCCAGGGUUGGUUCUUCCCGGACGUUGAGAAGAUCAAGAAGGCGAGGACCAUGGAGCUCAAGAGUUGCGAGCGUUUAGAUGCGCUGAAGCGGAGGUCCUAA